UCAUUAAUAAAACAUAAUUUGCGCAUAUAGUUUCGUCGAUAUGUAGUUUAUUUCAAUGAUUACUAGCCCUAAGACAAGACUAAUCAAUUGCGGAUGAGGUUGAUUCUACCGGAUGUUCGAAUAAACCAUAUCAGUAACGAAAGUUUCCGUUUAGUGACUGUUUAUAUCGACUAAGAAUAUUGCACGUUUAAUGCCAAUAUUUUUAACUCUUAACGUCUCAAAAGUUAUUUCACCAGGUGAUAAUACGGGUGUGAUUUACUAAUUAAUUCAUACGCACUUUUCUUUCUCUUUUUUCUUUCGUGUUUAAAAAAGUAUAGUGACUAUAAACGUAUUUAGUGGUGAUUAGAAAUCUAUUCCAAUUAAAUUGAAGCAUGGAGAGUCCGAAAGAUCCAAAAAAUUCUCCUUCAUAUGAGAAACUUUCGGAAGACAAACCUCCUAAGUCUCCUAACUCUCCAAAACGUCCGUUUCGUUUACGUUUUCAUAGAAUGUUGAGUUCUGGAAGUCUUAAAUUGGGUUCGACUUCGUCUACGCCCAGUACACCAAGUCCUUUAACGAAAAGUCCUUCAACUAAGUUUUAUAGCUUCGACACUGAUUGUUUGGAUAAGAUGGAUAAAACUAAAAGUUUGGACCAAUGGCCGAUAUCCAUAAGUUCAUCUGAAAGACACAGGAGACAACAAAGUAAUACAACAUGGCAUGGCAGUCCCAUUGCCGGUACCCAAAGUCCAAAAGCUACUCCAGAGAGGCUAAAAGGCGCUACUCCGGACCUAUUCGAACUUCUCGAAAAAGCUCAAAGAUCCAGAAUCGAUGACCAAAGAUGCAUGCUACCUGCUUAUUUUAACCAGCCUCCGCCCGCCUCAAGACAAAACAGUCAGGUUUCCGAAACGAAAGAUGACCGUCUUUCCACAAAUAACAACAUCAAAAUAUCUCCCAUACCGACACCGGCACUACAAACACCACCCGCGUCUCCCCAACAACCGACUCAUUCGAAGAGGCUUUUGCAAGAAGUUCUUUCGCGACCGGGACCAUAUCCAAUGAUCGCGAUACCCUCAAAAGGAUAUUGGGUCGAUGGCACGGACCACGAGGAAUUAUUCGACCAUAGAGGUAUGCCUGUUGUUCCACAUCCAAAUUGGAGAGCCAAGAUUGAGACGGACGAUACGGCGAAGUGUUACCGAAGGUUUUUUGUGGGAAGGGAACAUUCUUCCCUUAUCGGUCACGAUGAAAACCAAGGUCCAGUACUACUUUCUAUUAAAACCGAAAACGUAGCAAACCAGGAACAUACCAGAAUCCUCUUGAGAAUUCGUAACGGUACCAUGCACGAGAUAGUACCCUCUUCAUGUCUAGGUUCAUCACCUUCUCCAGCCAAAAUGGCAAAACUUCUUAACGAACAAUUGAAUGUUGAAAAUUUUGUACCUGUUCUUCACCCCAAAGCCUCUCAACUCAUAGCUAACUACGACGAGCACGUAUUAGUGACGAAUUUUAAAUUCGGUGUACUUUUCCAACAAUUUGGUCAAACUGACGAAGAAGAAUUAUUUUGUAAUAACGUUACCACGCCAGCGUUUGACGAUUUCCUGUCUCUUCUGGGACAGAGAAUACAGUUGAAGGAUCACAAAGGAUAUCGAGGUGGUCUCGACAUCCAGAAUGGUCAUACUGGAGAUACGGCAGUGUAUGAGGUAUUCAAAGAACGAGAAAUCAUGUUUCACGUAUCGACUCUUUUACCAUUCACCGAGAACGAUCCACAGCAAUUGCAGAGGAAACGACAUAUCGGAAACGAUAUUGUGGCGAUUGUUUUUCAAGAGGAAAAUACACCGUUCACUCCCGAUAUGAUUGCAUCACAUUUUUUGCAUACCUUUAUUGUAGUACAAGUUAUAGAUCCCAAUUCGUCGAAUACUAGAUACAAAGUGAGUGUUACAGCACGAGAUGAUGUCCCUUUCUUCGGACCAACUCUUCCUACACCCGCCAUUUUUAGACACGGCCCAGAAUUCAAAGAAUUCCUCCUUACUAAAUUGAUAAACGCUGAAAAUGCUUGCUAUAAAGCCGAUAAAUUCGCUAAAUUAGAGUUACGCACCCGUACGUCUCUUCUACAAUCUCUUACCGAAGAGCUCAAACUUAAAACUAACGAGUUUUUGGGUGGAAAUGCUAAUUUGACACCGGGCACUCCGAAAAGCGACUCCGGUCCUGGAUCAAGAUUUAUCGAUUCUGUGAAGAAAGCUUUAACCUCCAGAGUAAAACCCAGUCAAAGUGAUAACAAUUUGAAUACCAAUGGACAUGAAAAAUUAUCUAAAAAAGGAUCACAGCCGACAAUACCCGAAUGUACACCAUCUAGCGGCAGAUCCAUUUCCAAAACAUCUAUGACGUCUAAUAGUAAGAAGAGCGGAAGUCCGACUUCUUCGACGACAUCAUCACCCGAUUUAACGGCACAUGCUCACGCCAGACCGGCUCUAUCCGAGGCCAGUGACGACUCAUCGCUGACCAGCGAAGACUUGGAACAUCUGGCAGGUGGAUAUAUCGAUAGUGACACUGGUUUGGAAAGCAUGUCCAGCGCGGAAACAGCUGCCAAGGCUUGCAGUGUUUGUCAAGAUAGACCUGGAAGUACGUCCGGACCUACGGCUGAAUCUUUAAUGCAAGAAGUGGUACAAUUGAAGUGUGACAAGCUAGAUUUAUUAAGACAGAAUGUGAAUUGUCAGAGAGAUUUGAAGAGGUUAAGAGAAAAGGAGUUGGGUCUGCAAGGGGACUUAGCUCAAGCUACUAAGGAAAUAUUGAGGUUGAGGGAACUAUUGAAGGAUUACAGUCCUAAUGGUGACAGAUCCCCAAUGUGAAUUAUAUUUUGUUUCUCUUAAACUCGAUCUAGUAGUUUUUGAAACAAACCCCAUUGUUUGAAGCGUUUUUUGCUUUCGAAUUAUAUUUUCAGUUUUUUUAGUUGAAUUACACAAGUCUCACUUUGUCAAUUUCAUAUUGAUAUAAACUUGAUAGCAAUUAUUUUAUGAACAUCUAUUAUUUACACUGUUCAAUUUUCAUUUUUUACAAAUUAAGUAGUGGGAUUAACUGUGGUUUACAAAAAAAAUUCAACAUCACACGAACUCUACUUGUGUUAGCAUUCAAUUUUUCUUCUUUUUUUUUUGUUUUGUGAUAUUUUUAUAUAUUUACGAACCUGUAUUAAUUUUUUUUUCUUUUGAGAAUUUUUAUGUUUUUAGUUUUUAAAUAAUUUAUUGAUGUACAAUUAUUGUGUAUAUUAUUAUCAAAAUGCAAAGUUUACCAACGGCUCUAGGUUGUGGAACUUUUUAUUUCACAAAAUUUUGGCGGUUUUUAACCUAUAUUUAAAAAAUCUUUAGUCUAACAAAGAAAACCCAUUGUUGAAAAAUGUUUCUAAAAUGAUCAAUAUCAAUUUAAUCUUCAUUGCCAAGGGUUCAUGUGUGUAUCUCUGUUGCUAGUAAAUUGAUGCAACCUUUACAAGAUUUUUUUCAGACCACCAUUUAUUAAUUGAAUCAAAAAUUUUCUAAUAGUAAAAGGUUUAAUAUAUUUUAAAAAUCGUCCAAAACGCAUUUCUUGAUAAAAAACCAUUACCUAGGGUAAACAUAAUUAUACCAAAGUUAACAUUCCCCAAAAAUUCUGUUUCAGAAAAAUUUAAUUAUUUAACUUAGGUGUAUAUAACAAAGUAUUUAAAUAGAGUUUAGUUUUUUUUGUAUUUAGAAAACAUUGAGGGAAAUCUAAUUUAUGCAGAUAUUGUUAUAGAUUCUCUUUAUUUUUACUUUGUUCAUAUUUUUUAAGUUUGUAUAAUGGAGUUGUUUCAAAUUAUAAAAUAUCUGUGAAACAUCUGUCAUUGUACCAAUUUCUUGUGAAAUAAAAAUCCUAAUUUAAAAUUUAAAAAUAGCGCCUGGGGAGAACCACAAAUCAAAAUUCAGUUAUGGUCUAAAUUUUUACAAUAUACUGACUUGACUGAAAAUUUGAGAUUGGGAGAAAAAAUUAUAAAGCUUGGUAAUCUAAAAUGAUGGCUUUAUAAAUAACGUUUAGCUGUGUCAAACAACGAUUGAUUGAAAAUACUGGAUGAACGAAAAACAUUUUGUAGCACAAUUUAUUAAAAAACCUUGAAAUGAAUUAACUUAUCUUGCUUGGAUUAUUGCUACACAGCUUCUUGGUAUACUUGAAAUGAUUUUUUUCUGUUAGUCCAAAUAACAGAUCUAGAACUCUUAUGGAUGCUUUAAAGCUCUAACCUACUAACUUGAAUUGUCUUAUAAGUGUUCUGCCCUAUUAAGAUCAGGUCAUUGCGCUGGAUAAUAAUUCAAAGUACAAAUAUAUACAUGUAGGCAAGCAUUUAUAGCAUUUUGUUCCCUAUAAAUGAGAAAAAUGGUAUUAUUUAAGAUUCUGAAAUGUCUACUAUGUGCCAGUACAUUCUUCACGUGAAAUAUUUCACAUUUCACGUUGCAUAACUCUUAAUAAAGUUAGAAUACAAUACCGCAGAAUAAUGCAAACUGUUACUGGUGUUGUAAGCCCAGUAUUCUUUCACAUUUUCAUUCUGAAACUUAUUAUACUUUUAUCCCGCAUAAGAAAUUCCAUAAUCUGGUUCUGCGCACUUGUACUAAAUUGUUAUCUUUCUGAAUUUCAUAGAACGUAUAUGAACAUAUGAAAAGAGUGAACUUUCUUUUGGAUUGUGGUGUUGCUAAAGUCAUCAAUCGAUAGUGGCUUUCUUCCUAGUUUGCUGUGUCCUUUUCCUCUAUUUUAUAACCUAGAGCAAAAGGACAAAAGGGCUUCUAUCAUAUGAGAACAUGUAGGAUUUGACUUAGGAAUUACUCCAAAUUGAGGACUAGAAUUUAUACUUUCAAGGUGUAUUCCACCAAUGUAUUGGGUUGUAAUUCAUCAUCCAAAAUUUCGUCUUUAUCUUUCUAUUCAACGUUUCUUAUUAUAUUUUUAUCCAUAAGAAAUCCUUUAACCUGUCUACUUGUGGUAAAUUGUUAUUUUUCUUUAUUGGUUAGAACUUUGUCUAUGAAAUAUAAAAAAAAUGAAUUUUUCUUUGGAUGGUAGUAUUACUAAAUUGAUAGUAGCUUUCUUCCUGGUUUUCUGUGUCCUUUUUCUCUAUUUUAUAACGUAGAGCAAAAAGACACAAAUAUUUCUGUCAUAUGAGAACAUACAUUACUUGACUCAUGAAUUACUACAAUUUGAGGACUAGAAGUUUUACUUUUAAGAUAUAUGCCACAAAUAUAUUGAGUAUCAUUGUUGUAACUUCUACACCUCAUGCUAGUUUUCUAAAAUAUAUUAAGAGUGAUCUCGAGCUCAAUAAAGAUUACCCUUUAUAACAAAACAAUGAAAAAUUCUUGAUGAAGAAAACAGUCAUUAAAAUUUAAUCAAACAUCUCAUUUUUGUACAUAAUUAACAAUAUUAUAUAUUUUUCUAGGUAUUUAACUAAGGUGACCAUAAAUUCGAAACACCAAAGCGGGACACCAACCCGAGUUUUAGUCCAAAAAAUACUUUAUACUUUAAAUACUUUAUAAUUAUAAAUUUCCUCUAUGUAAUACGUUUGAGACAUCAGAUUAUCUUUUAGUUAAGACAUUUUAAAAUGAUAUUAGCUCUAUACAAUGAAUCAAUGAGUAUUUUCAUAUCAAAAUUUAAGGCAAACUUCUAAAGAGGGACAUUUGACUGCACCCACAGGAAUCUUGGGGACGCGUUAAAAAGGGACUGUACCGCCGAAAUCGAAACGUCUGGUCACCUUAUAUUUAACCAUAUUCCCACAACUUGCUCUUAAGUUUACACUUUACAGUAUAAAAGCUCAAAAUAAGGGUCACUGAAUGUCAGUUUCAUCUUUUUGGUAUGGUUUAUGAUUAUUUUAUAGCUGAUCCCUUGAAACCUUUUUACCGAUAAUAAGCUUGUAAGAUAUGUUUUAACAGAUAAUAAUUUUGAAACAACUCAACUUGCAAUAUGUAUUACUAAUAUUUAGAAUGAUUAGUAGGUUGUGUACAUAAAAAAUUUCUCACUCGCUUUCUAUUUACUAGUUCAUCUAAGAAAAAAAAUGGUUUUGUUAUGUAGAAAAAAAUUUAUGUAUCUAUGUGUUGUCUGUAUACAUUAAAAUUACAAAUUUAUGCUGAAUGCUUGAAUUUUCAGAUGUUGAUAAUGUGAGAUACUUCCAUUUUAUAACUCCUAUUCUGCUUCGGUCAUCUUCCACCUCUUUCAACCAUUUUGUCUUAGGCUUGCCGCGUCUUUUUCUACCACCUGGACCUUGCAUCAUAUUGAAUGCUACAGAUUUUGUUCCUUCUCUCCAUACAUAUCCCCUAACGACUUAACACGCUGAGCUUUGAUUUUUUUUAUAAUAUUUUCGACUCUCAGUAAAUUUUUUCUCGGUUAAUUCUUAUCCUAUAUUUCCCUUCACUAACUUUUACUUAUUCCAAUUUUGUUUCGAUUUAUUUUUUCCGUUCUUCUCAAUUUUUCUUCAUAAUUUCUUGUUAGUAUUAUUGUUUCAGCUGAGUACAGUCUUAUCAUUGUUAUUUAUUUAUUCAUCUUCAAUUGUUUUGUGAGUAGUUUAUUUUUCAUCCAUUUUCCCAUCUCAGUACUCCUAUCUCCUCUAUUAUUGAACAUAACUUAAACUUUUCUACUCCCAUAAAUUCAUACUCGCCAACUUUCACCCUUUGACAUUGUUUUCCAAAUCUUUGUCUCCAUUAUAGAUCUUAUUUUGUUUACAAGUACUAUAUAAUCAGUGUGUCAGACAAAUGGUUCGUUGCAAUUUAUAUUUCCUCAAAAUAUUCUAAUAGAUUUAUACUUAGUGGAUCAUCUAGUUUCAUAAAACAACAACAACGACUUUCGCGAAAGAAUUUAAUUACGUGUUUAAUAAUCUACUGAACUUUGCACAUCUUGAAUUUUAUUCAAGUCAUUGACUACGUGAUGACUAUGUGAUGUAGAAUGAAACGUGACGCUCGAUCUGAACCUGACCUGAACGAUAAGAAACUCGCUCAAACAUACAGCGUUGUUCCGACUUAAACAAAUUCACCAAGCAUUGAGAAAAAUACGGAAAUUUAUUUAAUAUUCAGUUAAUUUUUAGGAGGGGGACAAGUGUCUUGCUUUGCCUCCCAUUCCGGCGCCUAUGCUGACACGCGUUUUAAUAUCCAUGUUACUGAGAUCACUACUCUCUGAAGAUGAUAAUUUAAAAUAAACCAGUAAACAUAAUUUAUUCUAAAUUAUGGAAAAAUGUUAAAAAACAAAUUAAACCUGUGAGGUUAUCAACUUUGUAGUAUAUCUUUCUAUCCUGUUUUUAUUUUGAACCAAUCUUGGAUGGAAGUAUCUCAUUUUAUGUCCAACAGUUUUUUUUUCAUAUUUGAAAAUUCGAACAGCUGAACUAACAAAUAUUUUUGGAAUAUUGGUAUUUGUGAGGAAAUUAACAAAACUAUUUUCACGAUGUUAGUCCAUAUUAGGAUUCUAGUAUGGGAUGUAUUUCCUAUUAUGUGUACUUAAUGUCUGUCAGGGAAAAAAUAGCAUUUUUGUUCACAAAAGAAUAUUCACAACAAUUUUAUUCAACUAUCAGAUAAAAAUCACAAUUAUUUGUGUCCAUAUUUAUUUUCAUUCCAAACUUACAUAUGAAUCUGAAAAAAUAUCAACAAAUAGUAAAAAGAUUUUAAAUCAAAUAUUAAACUACUAUACCAACUUUUUUAGGCCUCAUAGUCACUUAUAAUUGAUGCAGAAAUUUUAAAUACAUUUAAAUAGAUGGGACAACUUCUGGGUAUAUUCAUUUUGUAACAAGAAAAUGCUGUUUUAUUUUCUAUUUCAUCAAAAAGAAUUUCUUUGAAAUAGAUAUGUUUCAGAUGGUUUUCUGUAUAUAUAUUAUACACAAUAUCCAAAGAGUAUAUUUCUUAUGAGAAAAACGAUUUAUUUGUGUUUUUGUUUUGUGUAUAAUAUACAUAAAAUUUUUCUUAGCUUAUUUUAAAAGAACUUGUUACUUUUUAGAAAGUAUUGCUUGAUGUCAAAACUAGAAUAAAUUUUAUUCUUCUGCUUUUUAACCACGAUUUUUCUUUUCAAAUUGUCAUUCGAGACAAUUUUAUAAAUGAAAGUAACAUGUUUUUAUUAAAAAAAUGCUUUAUUAUUGAUUAAUGAUGCAAUAAUUAUUAAGUGUUCUUUUUGUACAACUUAGUUAACUGUUUUUAUGUACCUUGAUUAUUUUCUUAUUGAUGAUACUUGCAACAUCAGAAUCUAAUAAAAUAUGUAUGUCA